UCGGGAGCCGGGCGCGGCUGGCGGCGGCCCCGGGUGGGAUCAUGGCGGACGGCGUGGACCACAUCGACAUCUACGCCGAUGUGGGCGAGGAGUUCAACCAGGAGGCUGAAUAUGGUGGGCAUGAUCAGAUUGAUUUAUAUGAUGAUGUAAUUUCUCCAUCUGCAAAUAAUGGAGAUGCUCCAGAGGAUCGUGAUUACAUGGAUUCUCUUCCGCCAUCUGUUGGGGAUGAUGUAGGUAAAGGAGCUGCACCAAAUGUUGUCUAUACGUAUACUGGAAAGAGAAUUGCCUUGUACAUUGGAAAUCUCACUUGGUGGACAACAGAUGAAGACUUAACUGAAGCAGUUCAUUCACUGGGGGUAAAUGACAUUUUGGAGAUAAAAUUUUUUGAAAAUCGUGCUAAUGGCCAGUCUAAAGGGUUUGCCCUUGUGGGUGUGGGAUCGGAAGCAUCCUCCAAAAAGCUGAUGGAUUUGUUGCCUAAAAGAGAAUUACAUGGCCAGAAUCCUGUUGUAACUCCGUGUAAUAAACAGUUUCUGAGUCAAUUUGAAAUGCAGUCAAGGAAAACCACACAGUCUGGCCAGAUGUCUGGGGAAGGUAAAGCUGGUCCCCCGGGAGGAAGCUCACGAGCAGCAUUUCCACCUAGUAACAGAGGUCGGGGCCGUUUUCCAGGUGCCAUUCCAGGUGGAGACAGAUUCCCUGGACCGGCAGGGCCAGGAGGGCCACCACCACCUUUCCCAGCUGGACAAACUCCCCCACGUCCACCCUUAGGUCCUCCUGGCCCACCAGGCCCACCAGGCCCUCCACCACCUGGUCAGGUCCUCCCACCUCCAUUAGCUGGACCUCCUAAUCGUGGUGAUCGUCCACCACCACCAGUUCUGUUUCCAGGACAGCCUUUUGGUCAGCCUCCACUUGGGCCACUUCCUCCAGGCCCUCCACCACCAGUUCCAGGCUAUGGGCCACCACCAGGUCCACCACCACCUCAGCAGGGUCCACCUCCACCUCCGGGUCCAUUUCCCCCUCGUCCACCUGGCCCUCUUGGGCCACCCCUGACUCUUGCUCCUCCUCCACAUCUCCCUGGGCCACCGCCAGGUGCUCCACCACCAGCACCACAUGUGAAUCCAGCUUUCUUCCCCCCACCUGCCAAUAGUGGCAUACCCACUUCAGACAGCCGUGGCCCACCUCCGACAGACCCAUAUGGCCGACCUCCACCAUAUGACAGAGGUGACUAUGGGCCACCUGGAAGGCGUUUCACUGGAAAUAACAUGUCCAUAAGAGAAAAAUUACAUAUUCCAUUCUAUGGGAGGCACACGAAAAAUAAUACUCAAAACUCAGGGAGAGAAAUGGAUGCUGCGAGGACACCUCUAAGUGAAGCAGAAUUUGAAGAAAUCAUGAAUAGAAAUAGGGCAAUCUCAAGCAGUGCCAUUUCAAGAGCUGUAUCAGAUGCCAGUGCUGGGGACUAUGGAAGUGCUAUAGAGACCUUGGUAACUGCGAUUUCCUUAAUCAAACAGUCCAAAGUAUCUGCAGAUGAUCGCUGCAAAGUACUUAUUAGCUCUCUUCAGGACUGCCUUCAUGGAAUUGAGUCCAAGUCUUAUGGUUCUGGAUCCAGAAGACGUGAGCGAUCCAGAGAGAGGGACCACAGUAGGUCACGAGAAAAAAGUAGGCGGCACAAAUCACGUAGUAGAGACCGUCACGAUGACUAUUACCGGGAAAGGAGCCGGGAGAGGGAGAGGCACCGCGAUCGUGACAGAGAUCGUGACAGAGAGCGGGACAGAGAGAGAGAAUAUCGUCACCGUUAAAGAAGCACCUGACAUGAACACAGGUUUCCUGCAGCCAGGUUGAUGCUGUUGGACUUCAGACUCGCCCCUUUUUCUUUUUUUCUUAAACUGUGUACCUCAGUUCCUCACACAUGGGAUCACUGGUGUUAAUUGAACUAUUUGCUUCUGAGAAGAUAUUUCACGUGUUUGUUUAAUCCUGUUUGAAAAUGAAAACUGCCUUUAAAUAUUUUGUAAAACUGAAAGUUGUAUCAAGCAAGUCAUGAAUCACUUCUUGCUUUUUUUGUGAAUAGGUAUUGGUUACAAACAGUACUGUUGUAACUUCGUUUUCUUUACUUAAAAACAUUGUUUACUACUGUGUGUAAUAACUUUAAGGAAGAAAUUACCUGCCUGUAGCAGUUAAAUGGGGAAUAGCUAAUACUGGAAAAGCAGCAGGUAAGUAAUGUUCCAUUGCGUAGAUAUAUGAAAUUUUAAAAUAAAAAAAAGUAACGUUACAAGCAUUUUAUGUAGGAACUGAUAUUUUAGUCCACAUUGAAAUAGAUUUGAGACUGUUUCUCUUUUUACAUAGAUUGUCAUUUCUCAUUCACAUAUUUCCAUUGCUGGCAAUGGAAAUAGCAGGGAGAGAAUAGCAGGGGGUAAAUAAUGUAAGUUAAAGAGAAUGACCAUUGUGACCUGAGAGAUGAGAUCCCUGUAUGAAGCCCAUUAUUUCUGCCUGUUCUCCAGAUUUAGUUUUAACCGAUAAAUGUACUGUGUUGCAUUUUAGGUAAUACUCUCUUGUUGUAGUGAGCUUCCUUUGUUAGAUUUUUUUUUUAUAUAAAAGAAAAAAAAAUGUACAGAAAAAAUCCAAAGACCCUGAUAAACACCAAAAAGGAAUAUGCCUAAUGUACAUCAUGUGUAACUGGAUCUGUAGUAGAAUUUUUACCAAGUCUUGGUUUACUAAAGGUUCCUGCAAUUUCCUGUACACGUGCAGGAAAUGGGAGUUUAGAAACUUGCUGAAUGGUGGUGAUGCCAUGAUGGCUACUGCUGUUUAAUAUUCAUUCAAUUGUAUUUCAUUUCCUUUUGCUGAUGAAAGGAUGAAAUAAUCUCUGAGGAAAUACUUAAUUUUUUUCAAAUAUUGAGUUUAUAAGUAACAUUGAAAAUAUUAUCUUAAGGCUAUGUCCUUUAUCUUGAAAGACAAAACUAACAAGUAGUGACUUAGGGGUGGUGGUGCUUUACCAACAGAACUUGUUUUGGUGGUUCAUUUUUUAGAAGUAGAGGGUGGUUUUUUUAAAGUAAAAUUUUUACAGGAUUAUGCAUUUUGACAGGUCAAAGUACUUAAGAAGAAGAACAUAGCAUUUUGGAAACUGUACAGUCUUUUUUUUCCCCCCUCAUUUCUUUUUUGCUUUCUGUGCCAAUAUUUUUUGUUCUGAUGGCAUUUUGGAAAAUGUUUGUCAGAACUUCAGAUUUUUAUUUACAGUGUGGCUUAUAAGCUUGGAUAGCUGUUGUUUUUUGUGUUAAACAAGAUACUUUUAUUAAAUUUAGACAUUAGCUUUUUUCUUUAUGGACUGAGUACUUUCUGGUUUUGUUCCUUUGAAAUUGGUGAGGCUUAGUUUUUCUAACUGUAUUUUUUACCUGAUUGUUUAGUUGCAUACCCAAACCCUUGUAAAUGUUUUUUUUCCUAGUUGUAUGUGGAUAAUUGGAGAUUUAAAUGUUGUAUAUACUUGUCAUCUGUGUUUUUAGUAAAAUACAUGGCAUUCUUUGUAGAAAUACUUAA